AUGGCCUUAGGUGGCGGGGAUGGCCCUGGGAAGGUUACACAGUACCGGGUGGACCACCUUCUCACUGCCGUGGAGAACGAGCUACAGGCGGGCAGCGAGAAGGGCGAUCCUACGGAGAGACAACUCAAAGUCGGCUUGGAUGAGAACGAACUGUGGCGGAAGUUCCAGGAACUCACGAAUGAAAUGAUAGUAACCAAAAAUCCAAGGCGCAUGUUUCCGGUGCUGAAGGUGAAUGUUUCUGGGUUGGAUCCAAACGCCAUGUACUCGUUCCUGCUGGACUUCGUGGCUGCAGACAACCACCGGUGGAAAUACGUUAAUGGGGAGUGGGUUCGGGGUAAACCCGAGCCUCAAGCCCCGAGCUGCGUGUAUAUCCACCCGGACUCGCCUAACUUUGGAGCGCGCUGGAUGAAAGAUCCGGUCUCAUUCUGUAAAGUCAAACUCACCAACAAACUCAAUGGAGGAGGCCAGAUCAUGUUAAACUCGUUGCACAAAUAUGAGCCACGUGUCCAUAUUGUCCGCGUCGGAGGGCCGCAGAGAAUGAUCACGAGUCACUCCUUCCCGGAGACUCAGUUCAUAGCGGUCACUGCCUACCAGAACGAAGAGGUACAUUAUUAUAACGGUCUGAAAAUCAAAUACAACCCGUUUGCCAAGGCCUUUCUGGAUACUAAAGAAAGAACGGAUCAUAAACCCAUCUUGGAUGACAGUGACAACCAACACUCAAGCUACUCUCAAUUUGAUUGA